AUGUCCAGCGACGAGGCGCCGUACGACCAUCUGGUGAAGAUACUCCUGGUCGGUGACAGCGGGGUGGGGAAAUCGUCCAUCGUGACGCGAUUCGUGAGCGAUUCGUUCGAGGAACUGAGCCCGACGGUGGGCGUGGACUUCAAGUUGAAGCGAUUGGACGUGGACGGGAAGCGGUUGAAGCUCACGGUGUGGGACACCGCGGGACAGGAGCGGUUUCGCACGCUGACGAGUUCGUAUUACAGAGGAGCGCACGGGGUGGUGUUCGUGUACGACGUGACGAGCGCGGCGUCGUUCGCGGCGUUGCGGGAGACGUGGCUGAAGGAGGUGGACAUGUACGGGACGAUCGAGAGCUCGGUGAAGAUCGUGAUCGGAAAUAAGAUCGAUAAGGACAGCGAGCGCGCGGUGACGCGGGAGGAAGGGGUGGCGUUCGCGAAGGAAAACGGGUGCUUGUUUUUAGAGUGCAGCGCAAAGACGAAGGUGCGCGUGGCGGAGGCGUUCGACGAGCUCGUCAAGGGCAUCUUAGAGACCCCGGGGCUGUUGGUGGACUCGAACGACGGCGAAGAUCGGGUCAAGCUCGGUGCUUACGCCGAUCACGCGGGGAGCGGGUGCUGCUGA